AUGGGUAAAGAUUGGUAUUGGGGUGCCAGAAAAUCCUCCAAGAAAACAACACCUCAAACUGAUAUCCCUUCAGGUUGCAUGUGUGCAUUUUUUCAAACCUUUGAUUUUCAUCCCUUUCACUUUUCCAUCAACCAACCACAACAUCACUCUCCCACUAACUCCAUCUCCAAAGAACCUCAAGCACCUAGAAAUAGCUUGGAAUCACAAGAUGAAGAAAGUUUCAAAAUCCCAAAGAACAUAAGAACAAGAGGAGCAAGUUUCAAUGAUCUUUCCUCAGAGAAAAGCUUCAAUGACGUUUCAUCUCCCGGAACAAAAACACCAACCUUGGUAGCAAGAUUAAUGGGUCUUGAUCUUCUUCCUGACGCAAAUUCACCAUCUUCAUCUUCCUCUUCAUCUCUCUCAACUCCAAAUAGGCAAAGUCAUUACCAUUAUAGACCAAAACCAGACAGCCUCAAAAUAAUGAAACAUAGACACAGCACAGACAGUGUCAUCAUGCGGUCUUUGCCUGAAACUCCAAGGUUGUCCUCAGAAAGAACCUCAUCACUUGUUGAACAUAGACUCUCUCUCCAAAUCAACAAAGAGAAUAUGAAUCACAGUGAUGAUUUAGAAACUCCUCCUCGGUUUUCAUUUUCAAAACUCAGAAAACAUGUUAAAGAAAGUGUUGGUGGAAGAAAAGUUGGCAAAGACAUCACCAACAACACAAUCAAAAAUACUAAUGGACAAGAACAAGAACAAGAGAAAGAAAAUUUUGUUACUCAAAUCAAAUUCAAGAAACCUCUCAAACCAUUGAAACCACUAGAAGAAUCAAACCAAGGAAAACAUUCAAACACAUCUCACUCUCCAAGACUCAGCAGAUUCAAUGAUAACAACAACAACAACCACAAACAUUCACCAACUCUCAAAGACCAAAACACACAUCAAGUACCAAAACAAUCAUCACCACCACCUUUGGUCAACAUUGAAGCACAGGUUUCAAGAGUUUCAACAAAGAUUAAAACUCAAGCAAUGUCAGAGAAGGAGAUGAUGAUGAAGGACAAAAAAUCUUUCCCAAAAUGCAAGAAAACAGCACAUGGGAAUCUGAGCCCACGGAUCAACAAGAAUCAACAGACAACAAUCAGAAACAAGCAACAAGAGUCUUUCAUUAUUCGACCCUCAUCAUCAGCAACUAAAGCUAAGAAAACUCAUCCACUUUCAAACAACACUGUCCCAAACUUUCUUCCUCUCAAAACACACCCUUCUCCUUCAUAUACAAAAAUCCCUCAAAAACAGGUAAAUGAUAAUGUCCAAGAAUCCAAAAGCAUGUCACAGUUAUUUAGUUCUUCGCGCCAGAAGUACACCAUCUGCAACCAAAGAACCAACGAUGAAUCAAAUUCUAACAGUUCCAUCUUCGCCGCCGGAACCCAAGACGAAGAACCAGAAUAUCAGUACAUCUCCACCAUUCUAAACCGUACCGGAAUACACAAAGCAACAAUAACAAACCUUCAACAUUUUCAAUGGUUCUCUUCAUCCCAUCCAUUAGACCCAUCAAUUUUUCACCGUCUUGAACUCUACCCAAACAAUAAAGACAACAAAUUUCCGCCGAAAAAUCAUCUGGGUCCACGCUGUAACCGUAGAUUACUAUUCGAUUUACUCGACGAAGUAUUGUCCGAAAUUCUCAUGAAACCAAACAGUAACCGUGGAUUGUUGUUACUAGAUACAGUGUGGAAAAGAGUUCGGAGUUUCCCACGUGCGAAAUGCGAGGUUUUAGAAGACAUUGACGGGCUAAUAGAAAUGAAAGACUUGACGGAUAAGAAUAAGGAAGAAGAAGAAGGUGAAAAACUGGUGGCGGAAAUUGAAGGGAAGGUAUUAGAAAUGUUAGUGAAUGAAACAAUAACCGUUAUGGUGGGUCCUAACCGUUGA